AUGUUGAGGCAUUUCCAAAUGGGAAGUUGGACUACGCUGGUCUCUUUCCCAUACACAUUACCUUGUUCUCCUAAAGUCACCAGUACUUCUGCAACUGAAAACAGAUGUCCCAGUAGAGCAUGCUCUACGAUUAAAGCUUCGAACAAUGUCCUCAAACCACUAGUCUACUCGGGUAUUCGCUGCGCCGCUAGACGAAGAGUGAGAUACGAUGACGCCGAUGAUGGGGAGGAAGAUGAAGAGACUUAUAACAAGGAGAUAGCAAUGUUGGAGCUGUAUAGUCAAGGUGUGAGAGGAGAAGCACUUAUCGUUCACGCAUGGGUGGAUAACCAACCAGUGGAAGUGCUUAUCUUCAAGGGGUUCUCUUCAAGCUUGAGUUACGGGACUUCAGCAGACCCAUCAAAAAGCAUUCUUCCGGCAAGAGCAGUGAUAGAGAGUGUAGACAGGGUGCGAGGACCUUUUGACCCUUCGAAUAUAGAGUACUUGCAGAAAAACAUAAACUGGGAAGUGUUCAAGAGCAAUCUACCACCCAAGUUACAGAUAGAUAUAUAG